AUGGAAGACCUCGAGACCUUGAUCGCCCAAUCGCGGUUCACGGCAUCGCUCUACCUUGCCGUCGCCUUCGCUCUCUACACCGACAAAAUGAAGAGCAAGGCCGAAGCGCAUGACGCGCAUAUCAUCGCACUCAACGCGUGCAAUGUGUUCGAGAAUGGAGGAGACCUGGUGCARGCUGGGGUUCUCAAACCCAUGGGACAAUGGGCCAAAAGCCUCCUCGAGCAGCCCGACUCUCUCGAAGAAUGGACCGUUCCCUUCCACGACCUGAUCGGUCUAGCGGAACGCGAGUUGGCGGCAUAUGAUGAGGUCAUGGAGAAGGAGAAGUCUGGUGAAGAGGAUCCUGAUUGGAGAGUCCAGCAGGGCGCCAAUAUCACCUUUCUACAGGGUCUUGGUGUCGUUGCUGGGGAGAAGAAAGUUGGGCGCUGGGAGGAGCGCAAGCAGAGGCUGCGUCGUGCUGUUGGAAGCGUCAAGCUGAAGACGAAGCGGUCGUUGAGUCGGUUGAGGGAUACGUUGCGUGGGAAGGUGGAUGGAUGA